AUGGCACACUCUAUACAAGAGGAACACCCUCUUCACGACCAACCUCGCCAAUCAGUGGAAACAACCGAGAAGCCCUCCGAGGUCCAAGAAGAUGAGAGCCAUUUUCCAACAGGAGCCAAAUUGGUGGUGAUUGUGAUUUCGAUUUUGUUCGCUAUGUUUUUGGUUGCACUGGACCGCACGAUUAUCGCGACAGCAGUUCCCCGUAUCGCAAACCAAUUCAAUGCCCUCGACGAUAUCAGCUGGUACGCCAGUGCAUAUCUCUUGACAAGUUGCGCAACCCAAUUAGCCUGGGGCAAAGUCUACACAUUCUACUCGACAAAGACGAUCUUCCUCCUGGCAAUCCUCAUCUUCGAGAUUGGAUCCGCUCUAUGUGGCGGCGCACCCAACUCCAAGGCUUUCAUUGUCGGACGAGCGAUCGCAGGAAUCGGUUCUGCUGGAAUCUUCUCGGGCGCGACAGUUAUCAUCGCACAGAUUGUACCGCUGGCGAAGCGACCCAUCUACGUCGGGCUGAUGGGAUCUACCUUCGGAUUCUCGUCUAUUGUCGGUCCAUUGAUGGGUGGCGCGUUCACAGACAAUGUGACAUGGCGCUGGUGUUUCUACAUUAACCUUCCCAUCGGUGGAUUCACCCUGGCGAUGCUAUUCUUCUUCCUGCGCGUGCCUCACACGGCUCAGCCCUGCGGUUGGAAGCGGCAGAUUCUCCGUCUUGAUCCACUGGGAAGUGUCCUCUUCCUGCCCUCGGUCAUCUGCUUCCUACUUGCCUUGCAGUGGGGUGGCACAGCCUAUGCUUGGAACAGCGGCCGCAUUAUCGCGCUAUUCGUGCUCUCGGGUGUCCUGAUGAUCGCCUUCGUCGGUGUUCAAGCCUGGUUAAAGAAGGACGCCACUGUGCCUCCUCACAUCUUCAACCAGCGCAGUAUCAUCAGUGGAGUCGUCUUUGCCAUGUGUGUCGGUGGUGGUCUUAUUUCCAUGCUGUACACUCUCCCACUCUGGUUCCAGGGCGUACGUGGUACAUCGGCCGUUAAGUCUGGUAUCGACACUAUCCCCAUGGUCCUGGCACUCGUCGUCGGAGCUAUUACCUCUGGUGGUAUCAUUACCGCGACGGGAUACUACGUCCCAUGGAUGUUUGUCGCCACGAUCCUGAUGUCGACUGGCGCGGGUCUCAUGACUACCUUCAAGCUGGACACCAACCACGCCGCUUGGAUCGGAUACCAGGUCUUGUUCGGUAUUGGUAUCGGCACCGGAUUGCAACAGCCCUCUCUGGCAGCGCAGACCAUCCUCCCCAUGGAGGAAGUCGCCAUCGGUGUCUCGCUUAUGUUCUUCGCUCAGUCACUCGGCGGCGCUGUCUUCAUCGCUGUCGCCCAGUCUCUCUUCCAGAACUACCUGAACGCUGAGAUCCCUCUUAUCCAGGGAAUUGAUCCGGCCAAGGUUCUGGCUGCUGGAGCUACAGGUCUCUCCGACGCUGUGCCUGCUGACAAGCUCACCGAUGUCCUGCUGGUGUAUAAUGAUGGUAUUCACCGGUCAUUUAUUGUCAGUGUGGCUGUGUCGGCCUUGAUGAUUCUGCCAGCUUUGACUAUGGAGUGGAAGACAAUUAAGGAGGAUAAUGUUUCUGUCCCUGCUGCUUGA